UUUGCAGGUAAGACAUACAGGUUCAGGAUAUCAAAUGUGGGGCUUGCGACAUCCAUUAACUUUAGAAUACAAGGGCACACAAUGAAAUUAGUAGAGGUAGAAGGAUCGCAUACACUCCAGAAUGCUUACUCUUCCCUCGACAUCCAUUUGGGUCAAUCCCUUUCUGUCUUGAUCACUGCUGAUCAGCCUCCAAAGGAUUACUACAUUGUCGUUUCUUCGCGCUUCACCUCUCGAAUACUCACAACCACAGCCAUUCUCCACUACAGUAACUCAUUUACCCGUGUUUUUGGUCCUCCUCCUGGAGGGCCUACCACUCAGAUUGAUUGGUCCCUCAACCAGGCCAGAUCUAUAAGGUGGAAUCUCACUGCAAGUGGACCGCGUCCAAACCCACAAGGCUCAUACCAUUAUGGAAUGAUACAAACUUCCCGGACCAUCAUGCUUGCAAACUCUGCACCUUUUAUCAAUGGCAAGCAGAGGUAUGCUGUGAAUGGUGUCUCAUUCUUCCGUCCUGACACUCCGUUGAAACUCGCUGACUACUUCAAUAUUGGGGGAGUCUUCAAUCUGGGAAGCAUCCCUGACAGCCCCAACUGGGGAAACGGCUACCUUGCCACGUCUGUCAUGGCUGCUAAUUUCCGUGCUUUUGUUGAGAUUGUGUUCCAAAACUGGGAGGACACCGUACAGUCUUGGCACAUUGAUGGCUAUUCCUUCUUUGUUGUUGGGAUGGAUGGGGGGCAGUGGACGCCAGCAAGCAGAUCACGCUACAAUUUGAGAGACACAGUUGCCCGUUGCACGACUCAAGUUUAUCCCAAGUCAUGGACUGCAAUCUACAUUGCACUGGACAAUGUGGGAAUGUGGAACAUUAGGUCCGAGAACUGGGCAAGGCAAUACUUGGGCCAACAAUUCUAUCUGAGGGUAUACUCCCCUGCAAAUUCAUGGAGAGAUGAAUAUCCUAUCCCAAAGAAUGCUCUUCUUUGUGGUCGAGCAUCUGGUCGCCACACCCGACCGAUGGCCAUGCAGAAGAGCCACAUCGCUCAUAAGCGCGUGCUUGAACUUCGCAAGACUACAAGGCAAUCCCUAGCCGAAGUGACUGAAAAAACUGCCGAGCUAGAACAAGCCAGGCUGCAAAUAGCCGAGCUAAAAGUCGAGAACGGUCGUCUGACCGGACUUGUUAGCUCGGCUGAAGCAGAAAAACAAAAAGCUGUAGCCGUGAUAAAAGACAAAUAUCUGCGCGAACUGGCUAAACUUGAGGGAAAGAAAAAUGCCGAGAUAGAGCAGCUGAAGAAGAGUGCUGAUGACGCCGAGCUCCGGGGUUAUAAGGAGGGGGAAACGACUUACAUUAAACAAUGUGAAGCUGCCAAGGAUCUUUUCUUCAAAUGCGGUUGGAGGGCGGCUGUAGAGCAGCUCGGUCACGGUCCAGAGACCGAGCAACAAUUUCUUGAGGAUUCAGAUGAUGAAGAAGACACCGUACCCAAAGAUACCCCGGCUGUUAAUGAUCCUGUCGAUCAAUUAGUUCGGUCAGAGCUAAUAGUGGAAGAUCUGACCAACGAGCUGCCUACUGAAGCCGUUCUUCCAACCGUGAUCGUGCUACAGAGUGAAACCGGGCUCCGAGUUGAUAUUGAUGCCGACCUUGAUGAUCUGUUUAACUGA